AUGGGGGGCUGGGGGAGGUGGUAUUUGAGGAGAGGCAGCGGGGGGGCCGUGCUGCUGCUGUGGUGCCGGUGCCCGCGCAGUGCCGGUCCCGGGCGGUGCCGGUCCCGGGCGCCCGCCCGUCCCCGGGGCUCUCGGGGCUUUCCGGGCUCUUGGGGGGGCUCUCGGGACCAGUCCGGCAUUCUCGGGGGACUCUUGAGGGCUCGCGGGGCUCCCGGGGGAGCUCUACGGGCUCCGGGGAGUCUCUCCGCGUCUCGGUGCUCUCGGUACUCCCGGGGGCGGUUGGGGGGGGUCUCUCCGGGGCUCCCGGGGCCGGGGCCAGAGCCGCAAUGGGCCCCCCCCCGGUCCUGUCUUCUUCUGGCGGUCGCGCUGCUGCCGCUGCUGCCCCUCGGGGCCGUGCCUGGUCCCCCCGCCAUCAGCGACGCCGAGAUCGAGGAGUUUCUGCGGGGCUUCCUCGGACCGGGGGACGGGGACGGCGACCGCGACAGGGAUGGGGAUGGGGAUGGGACCGAGCUGGGCUUCGGCACAGACCUGGGUGCUGGCACCGCCCCCACAGGCUCCUCCGAAGCGCUGAGGCCGAUGCAGCCAGAAAAGGGCAAGAAGGGGAAGAAGGAGAAAACCCCCAAAGGCACCAAGAAGGACAAAGAGAGACCCCGGGGCUCCAGGAAGGAGAAGGAGAAGGACAAGGAGAAGGGGAAGGAGAAGGACAGGGGCAGGGACAAGCCCCCAAAGAAACCCCGUGAAAAAGCCCCCAAAGGCUCCGAAAAAGCGGCCAAAGGCUCCAAGAAGCCCAAGGAGAAGCCACCCAAGGCUACCAAAAAACCCGACAAGAAGCCACCGGAGCCCCCGACACGCCCCCCGGAGCCCCUGCAGGAGGAGGACAUCGUGGGGACCCCUUGGUUCCCAGAGCAGCCCUCGCCCCACGGGGGGGAAGACGGGGGUGGCCGAGCGGUGCUGAAGGAGCCACCGAGCGAGCCCGGCCGAGAGCACCCGGAGCCUGAAGUCCCCGAGGAGCCAGAGCCACCAACCCUGGACUACAACGAGCAGCUGGAGCGGGAGGACUACGAGGACUUCGAGUACAUCCGGCGGCAACAGAGACCCCGCAAGCCCCCAAGCAGGACAAAGCCCCCCAGGGUCUGGCCCCAGCCGGAGGAGAGCUGCCCCCACCCCAGCCUCCCCCCCCCACCCCCCCUGGUGACUGAAGCCGAUUAUGAGGGGGUCUUCGAGCCACCCGACUACGAUGACUUGCAGUACGGCCCCCCGCCCCCAUCCAAACCCCAACACCCAGACAAGGACGAGGAGAUGGAGACAGACGAGGAGAAGCACAAACCCUGGAAGCCCAAGAAGGGCAGCAGCAGCAAGGAGGAGGAGGAAGAGGACCCUUGGGUGGAGGAGAAGGGCCGGGACCACAAAGGAAAACCCAAAAAAACAGGAGGAAAGAAGUGGGACCCAGACAAGGAUGAAUGGGCCCCUCCAGAGGAGAAGACAAGGUGUCCCCCCAUCGGCCUGGAGUCCCACCGCAUCGAUGAUGACCAGCUCCUGGCCUCCUCCAUGCUGCGCCACGGGCUGGGUGCCCAACGUGGGCGCCUCAACAUGCAGGCAGGCACCAAUGAGGACGAUUUCUAUGACGGGGCCUGGUGUGCUGAGGAUGACGGGCGGAUGCACUGGCUGGAGGUCGACACCCGCCGCACCACCAAGUUCACUGGGGUCAUCACCCAGGGCCGUGACUCCCAGAUCCAUGAAGACUUUGUCACCAGCUUCUACGUGGGCUUCAGCAACGACAGCCAGAACUGGGUGAUGUACAGCAACGGCUACGAGGAGAUGAUGUUUUAUGGCAACGUGGACAAGGACACACCAGUGCUGACCGAAUUCCCCGAGCCUGUGGUCGCCCGUUACAUCCGCAUCUACCCGCAGCGGUGGAACGGCAGCCUCUGCUUGCGCCUGGAGGUCCUGGGCUGUCCCCUCUCCUCUGUCAGCAGCUACUAUGCUCAGCAGAACGAGGUGACUUCCACUGACAACCUGGACUUCCGCCACCACAGCUACAAGGACAUGAGGCAGCUGAUGAAGGUGGUGAAUGAGGAGUGUCCCACCAUCACCCGCAUCUACAACAUUGGCAAGAGCUCGCGGGGGCUGAAGAUCUACGCCAUGGAGGUCUCUGACAACCCAGGCGAGCAUGAGACGGGAGAGCCCGAGUUCCGCUACACGGCGGGACUGCAUGGCAACGAGGUGCUGGGCCGGGAGCUUCUGCUGCUGCUCCUGCAGUUCCUGUGCCGGGAGUUCCAGGCUGGGAACUCCCGCGUGCGGAGCCUGGUCACCCAGACCCGCAUCCACAUCGUCCCCUCCCUCAACCCCGAUGGCUACGAGCUGGCCAGCCAGGCGGGCUCUGAGCUGGGCAACUGGGCACUGGGCCACUGGACAGAGGAGGGCUAUGACCUCUUUGAGAACUUCCCUGACUUGGCGUCGGCACUGUGGGCAGCAGAGGAGAGGAAGCUGGUGCCCCACAAGUUCCCCAACCACCACAUCCCCAUCCCGGAGCACUACCUGGCCGAGGACACCAUGGUGGCAGUGGAGACACGGGCCAUCAUGGCAUGGAUGGACAAGAACCCCUUCGUGCUGGGAGCCAACCUGCAGGGAGGGGAGAAGCUGGUGUCCUACCCCUUUGACACGGCCCGGCCCCUCAGCGAGACCCUGGCAGCCGCCCCUCACCCACCUGACUAUGAGGACGACCACCCUGAGCUACAGGAGACCCCCGACCACGCCAUCUUCCGCUGGUUGGCCAUCUCCUAUGCCUCAGCCCACCUCACCAUGAGCGAGACCUUCCGUGGGGGCUGCCACACGCAGGACGUCACUGACGCCAUGGGCAUCGUGCAGGGGGCCAAGUGGCACCCCCGGGCUGGCAGUAUGAAUGACUUCAGCUACCUGCACACCAACUGCCUGGAGCUCUCUGUCUACUUGGGCUGUGACAAAUUCCCCCAUGAGAGUGAACUGCAGCAGGAGUGGGAGAACAACAAGGAGUCACUGCUGACCUUCAUGGAACAGGUCCAUCGAGGCAUCAAGGGCUUGGUGAGGGACCAGCAGGGUGAACCCAUCGCCAACGCCACCAUUGUGGUGGGGGGCAUCAACCACAAUGUCAAGACAGCUGCCAGCGGGGACUACUGGCGCAUCCUGAACCCGGGCGAGUACCGGGUCUCGGCCCGGGCUGAGGGCUACAACCCCAGCGUCAAGACCUGCAGCGUCUUCUACGACAUCGGGGCCACCCAGUGUGACUUCGUCUUGGCACGAUCCAACUGGAAACGCAUCCGGGAGAUCAUGGCCAUGAAUGGGAACCGGCCCAUCCGCCCCAUGACACCCCGCGAGCGGCUGCGCCUCCGGAUGCGCCUCCGACAGCGCAUGCGGCUCCGGCAGCAGAUGAGGCAGAGGUUGCUCAAUGGCACCACGACCACCAAAAGUCCCACCGCCCCACCACCCACCACAGCCUUGCCCUGGACCUUCAGCAGCACCACCUACGCACCCUGGAGCCAAGAGCCCCCCACAGCUGGCACCUGGGAGAUGGACACUGAAACGGAGGUGGUGACCGAGCUGGUGACCGAGCUGGAGGCCUGGGAGGUGGGGACGGGAACAGCACAGCCCCUCACCACGGCCGAGACCUACACCGUGAACUUCGGGGACUAGGAGCUGCUUGUCCCCUUGCUCCUGCCUCCAGCCAACAUGGCCAGUUUUGUUUUGCCUCCUUCAGGCUCCAGCAUCUGCUUCUAAAGUCUUCCUGGAGCAGCCCACCUGGGGGGCUCCAGCUCCUCACCUGAGCUGUUCCCGGGGCUGCAGGACUCGCUGUGCUGCUGCUCACCCCCAAGGGCUGGUGGCCAUAGAGCCUCCAGCACUGGGCAGGACAGGACAAGCUGUCCCAUCCCUCUGGGCUGGGCAGUGCCAGCCCUCCCCUGGCAAGAGGGGACAAAAGAGGCCCAGCUCUGUCCCCUGUCCCGGGGCUGGCAGAGGUGGUGCCACCCUCCAGGGCAGGGCCCGCAGCGGGGGCAGGCACAGUCCCUGUCACCUCCACCCCAUUUUUUAUUACACAAAUAAAUCAAGUUCUAUUGGUA